AGUGAUGAGGUGGAAAAUCCUGUUUGCGGGCAGAUCCGUUCCCGUCCUAUUUGUCAGACAGUAGACAUGGCGGAGUACAGCCAGGCGGGCCUCCUGGCAGCUCUGCUCUUCUUCACGGCUCUGACGGUCCGGGACAUUUAUCUAGGCAGAUUGAGCCCGCAACGCGGUCACCAGCCGGCCGACAGCCCCGGCCUCUCUUCGGACACUCUGUCGUACACAGACCCCGGAAAACCAGCCAAGUCCUCCCUGUACACCGGGCCUGUGCUAAAGUUCCAGUACUGCAUCUCCUGAGGUUACAGUAAAGUGUUCCAGGAGUACUCUCGAGCCAUCAGCCAGCUGUACCCGGACAUCCGCAUUGAGGGGGAAAACUACCCCCCGACCCCCUUCAACAGGUGUGUUGGUAACCUGGUCUCCUACCUGAAGCUCCUCUCCAUCCUCCUCAUUGUCAGUGGUCAGAAUCCCUUCAUCCUCCUCGGCCUGGACACUCCCCGAGCCUGGACCUGGAGUCAGGACAACAAGAUCUUCUCCUGUCUGAUGGCCUUCUUCCUCUGUAACAUGAUGGAGACUCACUUCCUGUCUACAGGAGCCUUCGAGGUUACUCUGAAUGAUGUCCCUCUGUGGUCAAAGCUUCAGUCGGGCUACGUCCCGAAUAUCCAGGAGAUAUUUCAGAUCCUUGACAACCACCUAAAGAUGAACCAGGUGGUUCCAAGCCACACCUCGUCAUAGAGACACACAGCCGUGCUGUAUUCAGGUGUCCUGGCUCAGCGGGACGUUCAGCCGCUGGCGUUAAUGAAGGUUUGGUCUUAAAGCAGACUCUGCGAGACCCGGCCGGACGUCCCUCGCCACGAAAGGAGCGCUCCUUCUGUGUCGGGUCACAGCUCAGCACUACAAUACCCAUAAUGCACCAGUCAGCUGGACUCCAGGCUGACUACUGGAAUCUACUGGUUUUUGUUGGUUCAGGUUCAUUUUAUUUAUUUAGUCUGAUGUUCAUAAUAAAACUACGGUACAACUGUUAGCCUCAUGUUAAUUAGCCCCCAUCUGGACAGGAAGUGCCCAACAGGAAACAGAAUUAAUUAAUUAAAUCUGUUAUUUUUAAAGAAUGUCAAAUUUGUUGAGUCUAAAAUGUCUGAAAUAAUAAAUGAAACUCAUCAAAAUA